AUGCGUCGCCCAGUCCAAACAGACAUCAUAACCUCAACGCGGGGCGGCGUAAUCGAAAACCGCCACAGCGUCCACGCAGCAGUAACAAACACAAAAGGCGAGCUGCUAUUCAGCGUCGGCGAUCCCCAUCGCCUCACCCUAGCCCGCUCAGCAGCAAAACCAGCCCAAGCACUAGCCAUCCUCGAAACAGGCGCAGUCGACAAAUACAAUCUAGACGAAGGCGAUCUGGCUUUCAUGUGUGCGUCGAACAGCAGCGAAGAACGACACAUCGCCCGGGCACGCAGUAUGCUCCGGAAGGUCGGUGCCAGCGAGUCCCACCUUCAAUGCGGGGGCCAUGUUCCGCUUUCGGAGUCUGUUCAUCGAGACUGGAUUAAGCGGGAUGUCGUGCCUGGCGCUGUGGGCAGUAAUUGUGCUGGGAAGCAUGUUGGUAUGAUUGCCGGUGCGAUGGUUCUGGCGGGUGAGAAGGGGAUGACGGGAUAUCAUUUGCCGACGCAUCCUGUUCAGGUUCAUGUUCGUCGGGUUGUGGAUGAAGUCUGUGGUCUUGGUCGUGGGGAUGAAUCGAUCUGGGGUCUUGAUGGCUGCAAUCUCCCGGCUCCGGCUUUUGAGCUCCAUUAUCUGGCCCGUAUGAAUGCUGCGUUUGCCUCUGCUGCUGAUUAUGUGGCUGCGCAUCCUGCGUCUGUGAGCACGGGUUCCAGGACGGAUGCCAUGAGUCGUGUCUUUAACGCUAUGUGGCAGUAUCCCGGACUGGUUGGUGGGGAGGGUCGUUUCUGCACUUUGCUCAUGGAGGCGUAUGGUGGGUUACUGAUUGGGAAGCUUGGGGCGGACGGGUGUUAUGGGAUUGGAGUGCGGGAGUGUGAGGCAACGAGGAAGUUGGGGGUGGAUGGGGCGCUGGGGAUUUCGGUUAAAAUUGAGGAUGGCAAUGUUGGGGUUCUUUAUUCGGCUGUUAUGGAGGUUUUGGUGCAGUUGGGUAUUGGGGUUGGGGAAUUUGAGGGUGGAAUCCCUUUCGUGCUGAGGAAGUUCCAUCAUCAGAAGAUUAUCAAUACGGUUGGCGUUGAGACGGGGGUUUUGACUCCUUGUUUGAAGGUGUUGGCUGUGAAUUGA